AUCGAUAACCUGGCGAGCCUGUUAACCGCCGUGCAGGUUAUGUAAAAUAAAAAGUAAAAUUUGCUGAAAUCAAUUAAAAAGUUAGAAGCACAGCUAAAACUGUUAUUAUUAUCUAGCCAUGGUGUUCCUUAACCUGCCCCUUUUGGUACGAGCUCGUGGGCCCGACGAAUUCUGGCGAAAGAGGCGCAUUUUUAAACUGGCAGCGCAUUAUAGAAGUCGCACCCGCAAUGUCUACUCCUUCGCGAUUAGAAGCGUUCACAGGGCAUUGGCGUACGCCACCAAAGGACGAAAGCUGAAGAAACUGGACAUGGCGCAAUUGUGGACAACACGAGUGGAGGCGGGAUGUCAGCAGUACGGCGUGGGUCUAGAAACCUUUAAGGAGGGCUUGGCUCGAUCUGAUAUUUUACUCAACAAAAAAACGCUGUCUGAUUUGGCCAUUUGGGAACCGCGUUCUUUUGAAGCACUGGUCAAGAUCUCUCGAGAACGGGCCGCCGUUGAAGGAUUGCCGGACAUCAAGCGGAGAUCGGCGUUCAACCAGGUUUAUGGUCUGAGCAACCUGAAGUUGGAUUAACUUAGCCCUAAGUAGAUGUUCAAAUAUAGAUAUUUGUAUAUUUUAACAAAAA